CAGAAGGCAACGGGUUCCUUUGCUUUCUCUCUCCCGCUCUCACUCUUUUCUUUUGAACCUGCAUACUAGCCCACUAAAUACGCAAACGGAUAGACACACAAACAUGUACUCCACUUCACCACGUCGCCAUCGUCAUCGCAAAAGAGCACGCCACUCUGGCAGCAUGACACCGGCACCUACACCCGUACCGACUGGAAUGUUUUGGCUACCCCACGGUACCACUGUUCCGCCAGUACCUCUGCACUAUAUGCCACAGUAUCCUGUGUCAAACUACGAAAGCAUAGAGUCAUCUUCAGAUACUACUUCUGACCAGGGUGAUAGUAGCGAUGAUGCUGAUGCCGACAUGAACGGCCGACCAUUCGCCAAAAAGAUGUUAGCCGAGCUACAAUGGAUACGCCAAUCCACCGAAAGUCUUUUGAAGCGUCAAAGCGACUUGGAACGGAAAUUGGAACAGUAUUUAAAGGCCGCCAAUGCAUCCUCAACUGCUGCAGCGUCUCAAUCAAAACUGCCACCCUCGAAAUCAAAGCAGUUUUCUUCGUCACGAGCACCAUCCAACAAUAACAACGCAUCUUCGUACACGCCAUCAGCAAAGGCAAAGACAUUAGCUACCGACAGGAUGAUGCGCCGUAAGGGCAAGGACAAAGUUUCCACGUCCCAGCUCGCUGAAGCCAUUUUCAGAAAGAGCAACGUCAAGAAGGAUCCUGCAAGGAAGCCCACCAAAGUAGUUAAAAAUCAUAUCCUUAGGUUGAUUGCUAGUCAGCCCGGCUAUGGUCAAAGUCUCGAAAAGGCAAUUAAAGGCUAUGAAAAGCUUUUGAAUAUCGGACGUGACGAAGUUACAGCCAUCCAAAAGGCGCUAGGUACACCUGGAGUAUGCCCAACUACAUUUGGUAAAGAAGAAGUGCGUCCACAUCGAGUCAAGGCAUGUGCCAAUUUAGAACGCUUGGCUUUGGCGCGAGUAAGUCCCAAGAUCGAUUUAUCGGCGUGUCCAGAUUCAUGGGCAGCGGAUUACCUUUUACGACGCGUAUGGGAAGCUAUUACGGCACGCCAGAGGGAAAACGAAAAAUAUAGGACGGCACUCCAGCAAAAAAAAAAGGUGCAAGAGUCCUCGUCGGACGGUGAUGUGCAGGACGAGCAGGCGGAUGAAAGAAGCGGCAGUUUUUCCGAAGAUGGCGACGACGUCGGUGCCGCUACUAGCCACUCAAAGCGCGUCCCAGAAGUGCGAAGUGCGACUUGACAUUUAAGGGCACAGUUCAAAGAAGUUCGUUUGGAGGCAGGCACCUUUGACACAUCUGUUAUGCUCCCUAAAUAGAUUAACUUUCGCCUCCUUACACUGAAGUGAGCUGUUUUAUCACCCCAACAAAAUUAUCCUUGCUUAAGCCAUACUGUACUUAUUACCUAUACUGCGUUUAUUAUGUAUCUGUAUAUAAAAACACUGUCAUCGG